AUGGUUGGCGUCCCCAAAAGUAAGGGCUGCCAAACUUGCAUCAAACGACGUGUGAAAUGUGAUCUAUUACGACCAAAAUGCACUCAAUGCCAAAAAUACGGCGUCGAAUGUCCCGGCUACAUUCGAAACCGCAAGUUCAUAAACGAAGGACCUCAACUCGGAGCCCGAUUUGGCAAAAAGCCAGAAUCAACGCCAGAAUCAAUCGACGAGCGUAUCGCACCCUCACUCGUUUCCAGAACAAUGGGCAAGCAACAACCAGUCAUCUUUGGCGACUUCGUCAUGGCCUCAUUCACACGCUGGUUCGGACUAAACAGAUACCGAGUGCAUGUACCGUGGACAACAUACGUCGCCCAGCACGGCGGAAAGAGUCCAGCAUUUGACGCGGCCGUCUAUAGCAUGAACUUGGUUUUCAUGGGAUACACCCAUGUCGAUGAUAAGCUGCAGCGCUCGAGUCAGGAGAUGUAUAGUAAAGCGCUGCGGCUGUUUGGCGAUAGGAUUCGAGAUGAGGCUGCCAUGAAGUCUCGGGAGAGUGUUAGCAUUACGAUCGUGCUGAGCCUGUUCGAGGCAUAUUCGCCUACGAACCCGGACUCGUGGGCUCACCAUGCUGGUGGGACGGCUUUGCUCAUGGCCCAUCGUGGCCCUGAUGCUCAUUUGACGGGCUUUGACCGCUGUCUUUAUCUCUCUUUCAGAAGUUUCAUUAUUGCUGAAGCUUUCUUGAACGGCAAACGGUGUAUAUUCGAACAGCCGGAGUGGCAGGCCCAUGUCCAUCAAGUUCGUCGGGAGGAUAUGGCUGAUCCACGGGUUGAUGGACCUAUUGCUCUCUUCAUCGACUUGCAGGAUCGAAUAUUUAUUGAAGUUGCGAAGAUUCCGGGGUUGCUAUUUGAGUCUCGACGGUUGAGACAAACGGAUCACCCGGAACAGACUGCACAACAGCUCUCGGCACGAGCUUUGAGCUGUAGCCAGGUCAUUUAUACCUUCUCGUCUCACCUUCGUCUAGCCGCUGCGGUGCAGAAGUAUCAAUGGUGUAAGCCAGACGAUAAUAACGGCACUGAAUCUAUCGACAGAGCUGGUUUCAUUGGUCCCAUUCCCUCAACUUUCCCGCAGGAAUUUGCGAACAGCGUUCUCCGUGGCUGCGACAUUUGUAGGUACAUUCUUGGUCUUCUAGUCGAUUAUCUUGAUGGCUACGAGAUGGACGCUCAAUGCGGCGAGGUGGAUGAGACAGAGAAUGUGGACCUUUUGCCAUUUCACCUCAUUUCCAAGGUUCGAGGGUCCAAAGACUCCAAUUUGACACCGACCGAAGCAGGUGGCCUUGAAAAAGAGCUGCCAUCACCUAAUAAAUGGCUUGAUCUGGUUGCAGCCUCCAUGGGGCUCGAGGCAUUCGAUAUUAUCACAUACCCAAGCAAAAGUCGCUCGCCUAAACCUGUUGUCGAUGAACAAUGGGAUGCUGCUCUCGCGGUGCGAUAA